GGCGUCAGGGAGCAGGGGAGCAGGGAGCGACCAUUUCCCGUGCUUGACUAAGUCGGGAUUCCAACGCCACUUGCAAGGCCAGCGCCAGCCCUCGGCGGCGGAUCCACUUGUUCCAGGAGGAGGUGGGCCUGGGUGGAGCGUGGGGAGGAGCGACACGCGCAGCGCGCGCGGACGGAGCCGCCAAGUGUCGCCACGCGUCCCUCCGGCCCGCGGGGCUCCCUGGGGGCCCCCUGGCGCCACCCCCAACGCUCGCCCCCCUCGGCCGCCUGCCACGUGUGACUUCCCGGGGUCCCCGCGCGGCCCAGCGCAGCCCAGGGGCUUCCCCGGCCGCGGCCGCGGCGCGAACCGCCCGCCUCCCGCCGCGUCUCCGCCCCUACCCGGGGCCGCCGGCGCCGAGGGAGGCGCGGGAGCAAACGCCGGAAAAUGAGCGGUGCCCGGAGGGGGGCCCCGAGCUGCAGGUAACGCGCGCGAAGUCGGGGCGCGGGGAGCUCCGCAUCUCUCGCCCCCGGGUGUCCGCCCAUCGCACCCCCAGGGGGACCGGGGAAGGGCACGACCGCGGUGUAAGAAGUACGGGGGUGGGGGGCGCGGUCCACGCAGGCCUGGCUGGGGGGACCCUAACGCUCCCCUCUCGUGCAGCGACAUCCCGGCGGCAGCUCCCGGCAGCAGCGGGCGCCAGCGGUGAGCGCGGGGGGGUCUCGGCGCGCCCGGAACGAUGGAGAAGUUUCUGCAGAUCGCGCCCCACUCUCUGGCCAUCGUCCUGGGCCCGGCCGAGCGCCCGGCGGGGGACGCGUCGGGGUCCGCGCAGCCCGCGCCCCCCGCGCAGCCCCGGCAGCUGUCCCGGCACCACAUCGGCUACGAGAUCUUCGCCGACUUCAAGGCCGAGAACAUGCAGCACUUCUGGAACAAGAGGGUCACGGCGGCGGUGGCCGAGACCUUCUUCCUGGGCUGGAUCGACGAGCAGGUCCUGCUGAUCCAGGGCAAGGAAGAGCAUCUGGAGGCGCUGCGCGAGGGCUGGACGCGCCGGGCGCUGCGGCCGCCCUCGGGCUUCCACAUCCGCUGCCUUGGUGAUGUCUCACCAAUCAGUAUGUCUCCCAUCAGCCAAUCUCAGUUCAUUCCACUCGGGGAAAUUCUUUGCUUGGCCAUCUCAGCAAUGAACUCGGCAAGAAAACCUGUCACCCACGAAGCACUCACGGAACACCUGACCACCUGUUUCCCAGGUGUUCCCACCCCAAGCCAAGAGAUUCUCCGACACACACUGAACACUCUGGUGCGGGAGCGGAAGAUCUACCCGACCCCCGAGGGCUACUUCAUCGUGACUCCGCAGACUUACUUCAUCACUCCCUCCCUCAUAAGAACUAACAGUAAAUGGUACCAUUUGGACGAGAGGAUCCCAGACCCCUCCCAGUGCACCUCCCCACAACCCAGCACCCUCACGCCCUCGGCCUCGGGCUGCAUCCGGGAGAGGACCUUGCCCCGCAACCACUGCGACUCCUGUCACUGCUGCCGAGAGGACGCGCACAGCAUGCACGCCUCCACGCUGCAGAGGAAGUUCGCCAAGGACUGCAAGGACCCCUACGGCCCACCGCCCCUCUGCCAGGUGCCGCCCCCCGAGAAGAGCAAAAGCACAGUGAACUUCUCCUACAAGGCCGAGACCCUCUCCAAACCCAAGGAGGGCGAGAAGCAGUCCAAGAAGUUCGGGCUCAAGUUGUUCCGGCUGAGUUUCAAGAAGGACAAGACCAAGCAGCUUGCCAACUUCUCGGCACAGUUCCCCCCUGAGGAGUGGCCCCUGCGGGAUGAGGACACGCCCACCACCAUCCCCCGGGAGGUGGAAAUGGAAAUCAUCCGGCGCAUCAACCCCGACCUGACGGUGGAGAACGUCAUGCGGCACACGGCCCUCAUGAAGAAGCUGGAGGAGGAGAAGGCGCAUCGCAGCAAGGCGGGCUCGUCCGCCCACCACAGCGGCCGCAGCAAAAAGAGCCGGACGCACCGCAAGUCGCAUGGCAAGUCGAGGUCCCACAGCAAGACGCGGGUGUCCAAAGGGGACCCGUCCGAGGGCUCCCACCUGGAGAUCCCCGGGGACCGCGAGUACGACUUCUGCGACCCGGUGACCCGGGCGCCGCGGGAGGGCUGCUUUAUCAUCGAGCACAAAGGCGACAGCUUCAUCAUGCACAGCAACACCAUCCUCGAGUCCCAUUUCCCCAUGACCCCCGAGUGGGACGUGUCCGGGGAGCUGGCCAAAAGGAGAACGGAGAUGCCGUUUCCGGAACCUUCCAGGGGCAGCGCCCACUCCAGAGUGCACCGGAGCCACAGCCACACGCAGGACCGGAGGUCGCGGAACGAGCGGUCCAGCAAAGCCAAGGAGCGAUCCAGAUCCAUGGACAACUCCAAAGGGCCUCUGGGCACGUCUUCCCUGGGGACACCUGAAGAGCUGGCGGAAGGCUGCAGCCAGGACGACCCGACCCCCGGCCAGUCGUACGUCGACGACAGUACUUUGAGGCCCGCACAGACGGUCUCCCUCCCCAGGGUGCACGUGCUGUCCACGGGCUACAAAGAGGUGUGUCUUCCGGAAUUAGUCGGUGGCAGCAAGGAACCUUCCGGAAGCUGCAGCCUCUUGGAGCCAGGCAAGCCCACCGUCGAAGCUUUGCCUUCCUAUGGCGAGCUCAGCCCCUGUCCCGCGAAAGCGAGCACGGACGACUACUUCCAGUGCAAUACCUCCAGUGAGACCGUGCUCACGGCGCCGUCCCCUCUGGGCAAGAACAAAGAGGACCACGACACGCUGACUUUAACGGAAGGGGUGAAAAAGCUGCCUCUGUCUGAGAGGCAGACCCCCCACUCCUCCAGGGAGCCUGUGGGACAUAAGGAGGAGUCUCCCAAAGGGCCAGGAGGGGGCCCGGUUGCGUCGGGCACGGGGGCUGAUGGACUGGUCAAUGGGCGCCUGGUCCCGCACCAUGGCACCGAGUCCAGCAGCCUGGACAAGAGGAAAGAGAUUUUCAGCAAAGACACCCUGUUCAAACCCCUUCACAGCACCUUGUCUGUCAACAGCUACCACAAGUCAAGCCUGUCCCUCCUCAAAUCCCACCCCAAGGCCCCGGGCGACCCGCUGUCUGGACGGGGCGAGAAGCUGGAAGCCUCACUGGUGGGGUCCACGGGGGCGCAAGCUGGGCCGGCCUCCCAGCGCCAACAGGAGCCCGGGGGGAACCAGGAGGCCUCGUUCGACUAUUACAACGUCUCCGAUGAUGAUGACUCGGAGGAAGGGGCCAACAAAAAUGCAGAGGAGGAGAAGAACAGAGAUGCCGUGGGUACCAUGCAGUGGCUUCUAGAGCGGGAGAAGGAGAGGGACUUGCAGAGGAAGUUUGAGAAGAACCUCACGCUCGUGGCCCCCAAAGAAACAGACAGCAACAGCAGCCAGAGGGCCACGCACUCAGCCCGCCUGGACAGCAUGGACAGCAGCAGCAUCACCGUGGACAGUGGCUUCAACUCGCCACGCACUCGGGAGAGCCUGGCUUCCAACACGUCGAGCAUCGUGGAGAGUAACCGCCGCCAGAACCCGACCCUGAGCCCAGCCCAUGGCGGAGGCGGGCCAGCCUUCAGCUUCCGAGCGAGCACAGACGCCCCCACCAACGAAGCCGAGAAAUUACAGAAACCUUCCAACUGCUUGCAGGCUUCUGUGACUAGCGUGUGAUGGUCCUUCUGCCUCCGAUCUCCUGUCUCAUUCGAACCAGCCAAGUUUACGACACUGGGACUGAUGUUUACAUCUUUGGAAAGACAAGCAUCUCAACCACAGUUUUCGUGUUCACCUAAACUGUGCUGCUAAGUAGGCUAAGGCAAAAACAAAACAGAAACACAAAAAUCUUUAUUUCAGAGUAUUGCUUUUCAAUUUAUGGCUCUGUAGCAACUGACUAGCAGUAGGGUGAUAUGUAUACUUUUGCUUCACUAAUUGUAACUGAGCACACAUAGGGAAGUCGACACACUGUAUGUGUGAUAUGCAUUUUCAAUGUCAUGCUGUCGCCAAUUUCUUUUUCAAAUGCCACAGGUGCGUGUUGCUACCAACCUCUGGUUGGACGGUACCGCAGAACUGAUCCUUGACACUUCCCAAACAAAUAACGAAAGCCACUACAAAAUGUCACAUGCAAGGGUCCACUGUGGGGGAAAUCAAUGUCAAACUGACAGAAGGAACCCAGCCCGUUAUGUGUCUGAGUCAUUGGGACAUCAGUCAUUUUUCACUGUGAGUUCUCGUGACCCGGGUUUCCCAGGAGCCCGUGGAAGUGUGUGAGAAGGGGUCGCGAUCGGAGUAUGGGAGUGUUUGUUUUCAGGAUUCUUGUCUUACGUGUACCAGAUGCUUACAUGUCUGAUUUUUAACCUUCCAUAAUCACCAACAGGAAUAUAGGCCUUUGAAUCUGAAGUGGACAGAGGAAAGACAGGCCCAGCCUGGCCGGGAGCCCACCACUGAGAGAUGGAGAGGUAAAGUGGAAUUUUAAAAGGUGUCAAUCAGAUAUGUCAGGAAGGAAAUUUCCUCCUUAUAAUAUUUAGGAUGAUCCUCUCUUCCUAUAAUAAAUAUGAUAAUUAGUUUGUUAAAAAGCAACAUGUUCUUUGUGAUACAAAUGAAGAGUAUGGGCUGAGGAUGUUAUUCUUUCUAAUGGAAGGACAUAAAUCUAUUUUAUGUAGUUUUAAAUAGAAUGCCUAAAUUAGGCUAUGGGAAAUAAUUUUUAGUGGUUCUAGGAAAGAGCAAAAUUAGGGAGUUGAACUUCAGGCCUUUUAUUCCUGGGAAGAUAUCUAUAGAGAAAACUUUAAAAUAAUUUUUGAUUAGAAAUAUACAUGUGCCCAUGUAAUUAACAGCAGAAUUGUGCUCAUUCUGCAAGAAUAGUAUAAUUCUAACUUGCACUCCUCUAAAAUUGAUCAAAAUAACAAUUAUGCAUACCUAACUAUGCCAGAAGAAUGUUUACAACUACUUUGUAACCAAUUUCAGGAGGGAUUUUUACAUCAGAUAGGUAGUUCUUAGCCCAAGUUAUUUCUAAAGGGUUUGUUAACAUUUUGGUUUGGUUUAUGAAGUCACGUUGGAUACAGAGAUUCUCAGCAGCAAAAAAAAAAAAAUACAAAAAAAAUUAAGCUUCAACUUUAUAAGAAAGAGACUUUUUCAAGUUCCCAUGUUUGCAGGUUGGAGAGAUAAUAAAGGCAGGGAUUAAGAGCCCUGCUUUGCAUGGAACCAACCCAGGUUUGAUCUCCAGCACUGCAGGCUGUCCUGAAGCACAGCCAGGAGUGAUCCCUGAGCACAGAGCGAGGAGUAAGGCCUGAGCAUAGCUGUGUGUGGCCCCAAAACCAAAACCACCACCACAACAAAAUAGUUAAAAAGUGGUCACAUUUUAUGAGAACAGUAGAACAAAUUACUACAAAAUGAAAAAUGAUUUGCAAAAGGGUUGCAUAUAAUAUAAGCAAAUGGCCUGACACGUGGUUUUAUUUCAUUCAGUGGAAUGUGAUAUUUGGAGCCAUAUACCAGAACA